UGAAAGUAGAUUACGUUUGCAUGGCUUUAAUAAGAAACUGGGAUGACUGUCCUAAGGACGACAUUAGACAUGAUUUGGGGUUUGGGGCUUCUUAUCCUUGCGCUUUUAUGCUUAGGUGUAAAUGGAUCUCAAUCUGUUGAUGAUCUUCAAUGGCUUCCUUGUCAGUUUGUGGAUGAGAAAGUUCACGUGAAUGAAGAGGGCCACAUAGAGACUCAGUAUAUCCACAGAGAGGCUGUGAUUCAGUUUGGUAUUGAUGGUGACAGACCUUUAUACCCCACUAUAACCUUCCUUAUUACAGCUUCUAAAGUUGAUAUGAGGCGUUAUUUGGAGGGAGGAGAGGACUCAUUAAACUGUGAGAUCCGGAGACACAACACUGGAGGGAUUGUAAUGCGUUGGCCUGCUAUGGGAGCACAAGAGCAUGACGUCUGGUUCAGCUGUACAUUACGUCACACUAAGGGAGCGUUCAUCAUCACCACCUUCCUGAGACACACCCCUUCUGCUCCUGUCGGGGGACAGGCGGACUCUCUACAGAGGCUAAUAGUAAAUGAUAAAGAUCUCCUUACAACAUCAGCUGGGAUGAUUAUCCUGACACAGACCCCCUCUGCGGAAGUGGGCUUCCUGAAGGAACCCACUUUGCACUGUCAGUUUGCAGUGGAUCACAAGCAGGCUAAUGUAACAGUGGAAUGGCGACUUCAGCGACACGGGGAACGCAGCAAGCUGUUUAGCUACUCCAGUCGCACAGGGAGAUCUGAGGGUACCGGAGUCUCCAUCAAAGCCAUCGGCGCUGGAAAUGCCUCCUUUAAACUUCCACCCACCAGAAAAACAUCAGAGGGCACAUACAUCUGCUCUGUUCUCAUCCCUCCUCUCUAUGGCAGCGAUGAUAUCCUUGUUAGCCUCAGCGAACAACCCCGCGUGUCUUUGAAUGUGGGCUCGCCGUUUUCUUUGACACUUGGCGAGGACAAGAAGGUUGUGUGUGAUGCAGAGGGAUACUAUCCACUGGAUGUAAACAUGGAGUGGUUACGGGAACCAGUCGGCGGUAGCCCUACACCUGUGUUUCUGAAGAAUGUUCUGUACUCCAGUCAUCGGGUUCACCAGGAUGGCACAUACUCUCUCUCAGCUUUUUUUCUUUUGCAGCCUGGCCUGGAGGACUCGGGAUAUAAGUACACUUGCAGGGUAUCCCAUAAGUCCUUGCUCACUCCCAUCCGCAAAAGCUUUAUUCUCUCAGUCACAGAACCUGACUCCACUCUGUGGUAUAUCACAGUCUUUGGAUUUAUAAUUGUGAUGUUAGGAAUUCUGUUUUGGCUGCUGCCUCAGUUCAUUACUGCUCGAAAAGCUGCCAAUAAGAGGUUCUGAGAGCUCAUGCCUGAGGAUUUCUGUACGGCGUCAUGGAAACCGACAACACAUCCUCCUCCUCUCACGCCUGUCUCCGCCUGCUGAUUCCAAGAUCAGGUGCUCUUCAUGGGAAAAAGGGGAGUGCGUUGUGAAGUAUAUUUCCAGAUCGUAUGGUUUAGGUUGUUUACAAAGGCUGUGAAGGCCAUCACUAUUUUUUAGGCUCCCUUAACAGAAGAAUUAAAUAAGGCCUUCUUAUUAAAUCUCUUUUUAUAAUAAACAAUUUAGAAGAUUCAUAAAUGCUUUCCAAAAUGCACUACAAUGUUAUUGCCAAAACAAUUUAGAAAUCAUAAUUUGUACAAAUAUCCUUUCAUAAGGAUAACAUUUCUAACAUUUAUACAUUUCUUUGGCUUUAACUGAAAAUAAGAUAUAUAAUGUCUUUCAUAAUAUCGAUAUAUAAUUCUUGUCAAAGUUGAUUUAAUUCAAGAAGAAAACUUUUCAUUUUCAAAUGAAAUCUGCCUCUGUUGUUUGAAAAAAAUAUACUUGAACUUUAAUU